AUGCGUGCCGUCUUUGUCAUUAUAUCGUCAGCGAUUAUUCAACUUUCGACCGCAUUUAUCAUUCGAUCCUACGUGCCACCAAAUGCCAAGUGCAACUCAACAUUAGCCGUGAGCUGUUUUGCUGAACUAUUUGGUAUGAUUUCUGAAGUGUGUCAGCAGCGCGAAAUUUCUUUCAGAUGCGUUCAUUAUACGUUCCUCGAUGAAUGUUUCGAAUCGCGUGUCGGGAAAUGUGAUUCGGCAUCUAUUGCGCGAGUUGGAGCACAGGGUUAUAGGCAAGCGAUCAUUGGAUGUCAGUCCAGUCGCAAACAUAAAAUUCAAGGGACGUUACCGAUUCUUAGCGCACCGCCUGCGCAAAGCUUUCCAACCCCCGUGCAAUUAAUUAGUGCCUUAGGUUAUCUUCAAACUCAGUGUGCAUUAAGCAAGAGCAAGAACUGCUCAAGCGAUCAUGUACAAAAUAUAAUGGCACAAUGUGAAGAGCAAAUGAAACCAUCUGUUGGUUAUCCACAAUUCGAUCGGCACCGUCUUCUAAGGAUAAAAAUGGACACUUCGCGAAAGUUGCUUAUGUAUGAUGAAACUGACAAAGAGCGAGAGUGUCUUGUAGUGCGCUCAACAUUAUCCGAAAUGUAUACUCUUCAUCAAGCCAACUGUUAUCACUCUCUUGUCACUCGCUGUCUUUGUGAAAGGCUUCGAUUCAAUGUUCAUUGUGGUAUCAAUUGUGACCAACUAGAGCCAAACUCGCCGGACCAAAACUUACUUGCUUGGGAUGAUUGGAAAGAAGCUCGACUGCUUCACGGACACUCAUCGCGCGUCUUUUCUCCAGUGACAUUAAUUGGGCUUAUUGCCAUUUUCUUUCUUUGA